AUGGUGGGUGAAGGCCCCUACCUUAUCUCAGAUCUGGACCGGCGAGGCCAGCGGAGGUCUUUCUCUGAGAGAUAUGACCCCAGCCUGAAAACCAUGAUCCCAGUACGACCCUAUGCAAGGUUGGCUCCCAACCCAGUGGAUGAUGCAGGACUGCUGUCCUUUGCCAUGUUUUCCUGGCUCACACCAGUGAUGAUUCGAGGCUGCAAGCACACACUGACUGUGGACACCCUGCCCCCAUUGUCGCUGUAUGACUCAUCUGACACCAAUGCCAAAAGAUUUCGAAUUCUUUGGGAUGAAGAGGUAGAAAGGGUGGGUGCUGAGAAAGCUUCCCUGGUCCAAGUGGUCUGGAAAUUCCAGCGGACGCGGGUUUUGAUGGACAUCGUGGCCAACAUCCUGUGCAUCAUCAUGGCAGCCAUAGGACCGGUGAUUCUCAUUCACCAAAUCCUCCAGCAGACCGAGAACACCUCCAGGAAAGUCUGGGUUGGCAUCAGCUUGUGCAUUGCUCUUUUUGCCACCGAGUUUACCAAAGUCCUCUUUUGGGCCCUUGCCUGGGCCAUAAAUUACCGCACGGCGAUCCGGUUGAAGGUGGCUCUCUCCACCAUGGUUUUCGAAAACCUAGUGUCAUUCAAGACCCUGACACACAUCUCUGUUGGCGAGGUGCUCAAUAUACUAUCAAGUGAUAGUCAUUCCUUGUUUGAAGCUGCCUUGUUUUGUCCCCUGCCAGCCACCAUUCCUAUCCUAAUGGCCGUUUGUGCAGUAUAUGCCUUUUUCAUUCUGGGGCCCACAGCUCUCAUCGGAAUAUCCGUGUACAUCAUAUUCAUUCCCGUCCAGAUGUUUAUGGCUAAGCUCAAUUCAGCUUUCCGAAGAUCAGCAAUUUCAGUGACAGACAAGCGAGUUCAGACAAUGAAUGAGUUUCUGACUUGCAUCAAGCUGAUUAAAAUGUACGCCUGGGAGAAAUCCUUUACGAACACCAUUCGAGAUGUAAGAAAGAGGGAAAGGAAGUUAUUGGAAAAAGCUGGAUUUGUUCAAAGUGGAAAUUCAGCCCUGGCACCCAUUGUGUCCACCAUAGCCAUUGUCUUGACAUUCACCUGCCACAUCCUCCUGAGACACAAGCUCACUGCCCCUGUGGCAUUUAGUGUGAUUGCCAUGUUUAAUGUAAUGAAGUUUGCAAUUGCAAUCUUGCCUUUCUCAGUCAAAGCAAUGGCCGAAGCCAAAGUGUCUCUAAAGAGAAUGAAGAAAAUUCUCAUAAACAAAAGUCUCCCAUCUUACAUCACCCAACCAGAAGACCCAGAUACUGUCUUGCUUUUAGCAAAUGCCACCUUGACAUGGGAACAAGAAAUCAGCAGGAAAAGUGACCUAAAGAAAAUGAAGAACAAGAAAAGCCAUUUUCUCAAGAAGCACAGGGCAGAGACAUACAGUGAGUGCAGUUCACCAGCCCAGGGUAUUGUUGGCCCAGAAGAGCAAAGUGGAAGCCACAAAUGGGUUCUGCACAAUAUAAGCUUUGCGGUGAGAAAGGGGAAAGUCUUGGGAAUAUGUGGAAAUGUUGGAAGUGGAAAGAGCUCCCUCAUUGCAGCUCUCCUAGGACAGAUGCAGUUACAGGAAGGAGUUGUGGCAGUCAAUGGAACUUUGGCCUACGUUUCCCAGCAAGCAUGGAUCUUCCAUGGAAAUGUGAGAGAAAACAUAUUAUUUGGAGAAAAGUAUGAUCAUCAAAGGUAUCAGCACACAAUCCGUGUCUGUGGCCUCCAGAAAGACCUGAGCAGCCUCCCUUAUGGAGACCUGACAGAGAUUGGGGAGCGGGGCCUCAACCUCUCUGGGGGGCAGAGGCAGAGGAUCAACCUGGCCCGUGCUGUCUACUCAAACCAUGAGAUCUAUCUGCUGGAUGACCCUCUGUCGGCUGUGGAUGCCCAUGUGGGGAAGCAUGUCUUUGAAGAGUGCAUUAAGAAGAUGCUGCGGGGGAAGACCAUUGUCCUGGUGACCCACCAGUUACAGUUCCUGGAGUCUUGUGAUGAAGUCAUCUUGUUAGAGGAUGGAGAAAUCUGUGAAAGGGGAACCCACAUGAAGUUGAUGCAGGAGAGGGGGCACUAUGCAAAGCUGAUCCACAACCUCAGAGGGUUGCAAUUCAAGGAUCCUGAGCACAUUUAUAAUGCAGCGAUGGUGGAAGCCCUUAAGGAGAGCCCUGCUGAGAAAGAUGAAGACACUGGUACAAUAGUUUUGGCUCCAAGAGAUGAGAAAGGCGAAGGGAAAGAAUCUGAAACAGAUGCAGAAUUUGUAGAUAUAAAAGCUCCUGUGCAUCAGCUCGUCCAGAUCGAAUCCCCCCGGGAAGGGUCAGUGACCUGGAAAACGUAUCACACGUACAUUAAGGCUUCUGGAGGGUACCUCCUCUCUCUCUUUGCAGUGUCCCUCUUCCUCCUGAUGAUUGGCAGCUCCGCCUUCAGCAACUGGUGGCUGGGCCUCUGGUUAGACAAGGGCUCACAGAUAACCUGUGGGCCCCAGGGCAACAAGACUGUGUGUGAGAUUGGCAUGGUGCUGGCAGACAUGGGGGGACAUCUAUACCAGUGGGUGUACGUGGGGAGCAUGGUGUCCGUGCUGAUGUUCAGCGUUGCCAAAGGCUUCACCUUCACCAAGACCACACUGAUGGCAUCUUCCUCAUUACAUGACCGAGUGUUUGACAAGAUCUUAAAGAGCCCAAUGAGCUUCUUUGACACGAUUCCCACUGGCAGGCUAAUGAACCGUUUUUCCAAGGAUAUGGACGAACUGGAUGUUAGGCUGCCGUUUCAUGCCGAGAACUUCCUGCAGCAGUUUUUUAUGGUGGUGUUUAUCCUUGUGAUACUGGCUGCUGUGUUUCCUGCGGUCCUUUUAGUCCUGGCUGGCCUUGCUGUAGGCUUCAUCAUUCUCUUACGUGUGUUCCAUAGAGGAGUCCAGGAGCUCAAGAAGGUGGAGAACAUCAGCCGGUCACCCUGGUUCUCCCACAUCACUUCCUCCAUGCAGGGGCUGGGCAUCAUUCACGCCUACGACAAAAAGGAGAACUGCAUCAACAACCACCUCCUCUACUUUAACUGUGCUCUCAGGUGGUUUGCUCUGAGAAUGGAUAUCCUCAUGAACAUUGUUACCUUUAUUGUGGCCCUGUUGGUGACCCUGAGUUUCUCCUCAAUCAGUGCUUCAUCCAAAGGCUUAUCACUAUCUUACAUCAUCCAGCUAAGUGGACUGCUCCAGGUGUGUGCGCGAACGGGAACGGAGACCCAAGCCAAAUUCACCUCCGUGGAGCUGCUCAGGGAGUAUAUUUUGUCCUGUGUUCCUGAGUGCACUCACCCCCUCAAAGUGGAGACCUGUCCUAAGGACUGGCCGAGCCAUGGGGAGAUAACAUUCAAAGACUAUUGCAUGAGAUACAGAGACAACACUCCCCUUGUUCUCAAUGGGCUGAAUUUGAACAUCCAAAGUGGGCAGACGGUUGGGAUCGUCGGAAGAACUGGUUCUGGAAAGUCAUCGUUAGGAAUGGCCCUGUUUCGUCUGGUGGAGCCAGCCAGUGGGAUGAUCUUCAUUGAUGAGGUGGAUAUUUGCACCAUCGGUUUGGAAGACCUUAGAACCAAGUUGACUGUGAUCCCCCAGGAUCCUGUCCUGUUUGUAGGUACAGUAAGGUACAACUUGGAUCCCUUUGGUAGUCACACCGAUGAGAUGCUCUGGCAGGUUCUGGAGAGAACAUUCAUGAGAGACACAAUAAUGAAGCUCCCCGAAAAAUUACAGGCAGAAGUCACAGAAAAUGGAGAAAACUUCUCAGUGGGGGAACGUCAGCUGCUUUGUAUGGCUCGAGCGCUUCUUCGUAAUUCAAAAAUCAUACUCCUCGAUGAAGCCACUGCCUCCAUGGACUCCAAGACUGAUACCCUUGUUCAGAACACCAUCAAAGAUGCCUUCAAAGGCUGCACAGUGCUAACCAUUGCCCACCGCUUAAACACAGUUCUCAACUGUGACCUUGUCCUGGUCAUGGAAAAUGGGAAGGUGGCUGAGUUUGACAAGCCUGAAGUCCUUGCUGAGAAUCCAGAUUCCGUGUUUGCAAUGUUACUAGCAGCAGAAAACAAAGUUCGAUUGUAA